UGAGGAGCUGGGCAGGGUCUUCAGAGUGGCUCUUCAGCUGUGUGGAUUUGGCUUCUUUCUUGCUUUAUUCCUUUGCAUGAAGAGAUCAUUCACCUGGAAGCUCUUCUGAGUGUUUCAGUUUCUCCACAACACCUUGGUUCGAAUUAAACAGCAAAACACCUCAGCAGAAGCUUCUCCUCCUCCUCCAGCUUUAUGUUGUUGUUGAAGAUGAGGGCUGUGUUGUGCUUUCUUCUCUUCAUGAUGGUGACCCUGGGCUCGCAGGGCGUGGCUGGCUGCCCGAGGGUGUGCGAGUGCCCUCCUGAGCGCCCCGUGUGUUCUCCAGGUGUGAGUUUGGUACCUGAUGGCUGUGGGUGCUGUAAGGUGUGUGCCGCUCAGCUAAACCAGGACUGCCACGAGGGCCGACCAUGCGAUCACCAUAAGGGGCUGGAGUGUAACUACGGCAAUGAUGUCGGCAGCACCCGUGGAAUCUGCAGGGCCAAACCAGAAGGCCGUUCGUGUGAAUAUAAUGGCCGUAUAUACCAGAACGGUGAGGAUUUCCGCGCCGGCUGUAAGCACCAGUGCACCUGCAUUGACGGUGCUGUGGGCUGUGUACCCCUCUGCUCUACAGAAGUGCUCUUGGCAUCACCUUCCUGCCCCUCACCAAGGCUGAUUAAGGUGCCGGGACAGUGCUGCCCGAGUGUGGACUGCCACCGUGGCUCCUCAGUGCUGCCCCCUGUCUACAGAGUCCCACAGCCGCCACCAUACAUCUACCCUCACCUUGUACCUUUCCCUAAACCCUUCCCUAAACCCUACCUGAAGAAUCAUCCACACAGACCAGAAGACACACUCAGUAACGAGCUGAUGGAUGUGGGGAGGAAGUGGGAGAAGCCCCGCAGUCACAAAAGCAUGACAGCCUGGAAGAAGCUGGGAAGCCCUGAUGAGUGUGUGGUCCAGACUACAAAGUGGUCGCCGUGCUCUCGGAGCUGCGGUAUGGGCGUGUCCUCCCGUGUCACCAACCAGAACGCUCAGUGUAAGCUGGUGAAGGAGACGCGCCUGUGCACCAUCAGACCUUGCAGCUCCAUGGUCGUGCCUGUAAAGAAGGGGAGGAAAUGCUCUCGCACGCAGAAGUCUCCCGAGCCGUUACGCCUCCACUAUGCAGGCUGCCGCAGCAUUCGUCUCUACCAGCCCAACUACUGUGGCGUGUGUCGGGAUGGCCGCUGCUGCUCCCCGCGCCGCACCCGCACCUCAUCCAUGAUCUUCUCCUGCCCUGAUGGUGAGCGUUUCGAGAAAGCUGUCAUGUUCAUCCAGUCCUGUAAAUGCAGCGACCAGUGCGACCACCUCAACGAAGCCUCGCUCCCACCGCAACGCUGGCUCUAUGGAGACAUGCACAAGUUCAUUGACUAGCCACCUGGCCUUCAUCCAACUUAGCCCUUUCCUUUUCCCCCAGCCAAUCCCUGAUAGAAUAGGCGUGUGUCUCAAGAGCAGAUGUCAAAAUGACAGCCUGGAACCUGGAAUCGAAAAUGAGAGCUUGGACAAGCGGCCGAGAGCCACCAGGAGGAUUUAGAACAGGAUAGGGAACUUGUAGUGUCCACUUGUAGUUCAUUCCAUCAUAGAUCAUAGGUGAGAAUCACUGAAGGAACCUGGUGGACAUGUAAAGGAUAUGAUCUUAUAAAGAUGUUUUGUAUUUGACCUGCAAAAACAAACACCCCCUCGCUGAAAAAGGACUGUUGGACGAGUGGGUAGCGUGAGAAUCUGUGAUUAGGGUUGGACCUGGAAGAAGUGUGUCCUUUUGACAUGGGAAAAACUUCACAGUGGGAAAUAUGCUUCUUGUGAUUGUUUUCCAUUUGCCCCAGACAAAAAAGGACAGAUGGGAUCAUGGGAUAAGCCUAUAAACUCUAUCAACAGCUUUUAUACCCAGCUAUUAUAACGAUAUGAUUAUGAUGGUAUUUAUUGUGUGUAGGUGAUGAAUAAGCGUCUCUUUGUUACACGGUGGGAAGGAGCUCAUACUUCAUGCGACAAAGGGAAACAUGAUGGAUUCCUGGACUGUUUGCUCAGGUUAGAAGAAUGUGGCCUUACUCCAUGUGAACUUGACUUUCACCCUGAUUCCCGGUGCCAGAGAUUUUUCUUGAUUUGAGCCUGGGGAUCCAGGAAAAGAAAAAGAAACUUUCACCAAGCGCCCUAGCGUCCAAUUCUGGCAUCCACACAGCUCUGUGCAAAUUACACUCCUGGGAGCAGCAGCCCUCUGGUUUUGCUGUUAUAAAAAAAUGUUUCAAGAAAUGCCAGCAUAUGAAGUAAACAUGUAAUUUAAAACUGAUGAGCAGGGACCGCUCCCGAUUCGCUCUGUAAUCUAGGGAAUGAUGCCUGAAGUGAAGCCCAGGCAGACGAUGCUCGUGUUCUUGUGUGUCUUUAUGAUGCUGCGGUCUCUGUUUCUGCCUCCUGGCUCUGAUACGCAAGACGCUGGAGGUGACAUCACCCUCAUUAGCGAGACCAAAAACCAACACGCAAAACAUCAAGAGCUGGAGCCAAGCAACUCACAAGUUGACUCGACGUGCACGCUAGUUCUUGUAUGUAUGUGUUCAUGGAAAGUGUUAUUGGGUGUAACAGAUGAACAUUGUACAGUAACUACGUUACUGGUUGCAGGGAAAACUGUGCACAUUUGAUUUUUCUUCAAACUAUUCCUUUAAAGCAGCCAUCAUGUGUGUUUUAUUUUAGUAAACCUGGUGUUUUCAUUUUUGCGUUUUCACUGUAGUUUGUUUUGCUGUUAUUGAAUGAUGUACAUGUGAGAGCUUUUUUUUUUUUUUUUAAAUAUCAGUCUGUAAAGUAUCUCUGCCUUCUACUUUUAUUUAUACACACUCACCGACUGCUUUAAUCGGAACUUAUUCUUGAUUCUAAAAUUCCUGCUCUUGGCUGCAAGAGUGGAACCCAAUGUGCUCUUUUGCUGUUGCAUGCUGAGAUGCUUUUCUGCUCACCACGAUUGUAAAGAGUUGCUAUGAGUUACUAUAUCCUUCCUGAACCAAUCUGGCCAUUUUCCUCUGAGCUCUCUCAUCACCAAGGUGUUUAUUUACUUUCCAUCCACAGAACUGUCACUCACUCAGUUUUUUUCCCCACACCAUUCUGUGUAAAUGCUAGAGACUGGUGUUUGUGUGUGAAAACCCCAGGAGAUCAGCAGUUUCUGAAAUACUCAAACCGACACCCAUGCCACAGUGAAAGUCAGUCACACUUCACUGUGAGAUCACAAUUUUUCCCAUUCUGAUGUUUGAACAUUGUGAACAUUAACUGAAGCUCUUGAUUUGGAUCUGCAUGAAAUGUAACACAAUACAAUUACUCCUGAUUUUAGGUAUGCAGACUUUUUUUUAUUUUAAAAAUUACAUUUCA